AUGCUCACUAGCUUUCUUUCAGAGCGAACGUUCCAGGUAAACGUCGAUGGGCAUUUAUCGCGCAAGCUGCCGCUGGAAAAUGGUGUACCACAGGGUUCUGUGCUCUCAGUUACCCUAUUCCUCGUAGCAAUCCAACCUAUCUUCCGGGUGGUUCCGAAUACCGUGACAGUGCUAUUGUACGCCGACGACAUCCUUCUUGUAGUGCGGGGCAAAAAAGAACAACCACUCUAUCGGAAACUACAGUCAGCAGUAAAAGCCGUUCAUAGAUGGGCGAAAAGUGUUGGAUUCACGAUAUCAGCAACAAAAUCCAGCAUCUUUUACUGUAGCCCGAAUGCCCGCCGUGAGCCCACGCAAUCCAUCAGAAUAGAUACAGUAGCUAUACCGUCACAAAAUCAACUGAAAACCCUCGGUAUCACUCUCGACAGAUCGCUGAACUUCAAAGCGCAUUGCAAGCUAACGAAGAAGGCAUGUGAAUCCAGGCUGCGUAUCCUGAAAAUGAUCGGAGCAAAGCUACCACGUGGUCAACGGACUUCUUUGUUACAAAUCGGCUCCGCCAUUGUCACUUCGCGACUAUUGUAUGGGAUGGGACUCGUUAGUCGGGGCGGAGAUGUCGUCACCAAAACUCUCGCGCCCGCCUACAACAGGAUGAUGGCCGAAGCAGGCACCUUACCAUUUGAUCUCCUCGUUCUCCAAAGCAUAACCCGAUUGUCCAUCCGUUUGUUGGAAAAAAGCAGAGAUAAUGCGGAUCUCCCACUAGUACGUCGAGCUUCCGAAGAACUGUCAGAGGUGAUCGGAAUGCCCUUACCAAAUAUUUGUACUCGAACGCGACUAGCCACCCGAAAGUGGUACGAGCCCAAGCCCCACGUCGUGUGGGAUAUCAAAAAAAGUGUGAAUGCCGGAGAUCCCUCUGAGGUGGUCCGUCCUGUCGUUCAGGAGCUCCUGAAUGCUCGCUUCAGCAACUCAACGGUUGUGUAUACUGACGGAUCGAAAGACGACGACGCAGUAGGCGCGGGAAUGUUUGGAGAACAUCUCCAGCAGUCGACUGGUCUUCCGCCACAGUGCAGCGUGUUCUCAGCCGAGGCGUUUGCAAUUAAAACAGCGGUAACUUCGUACUACACUUCCAACGAUCUGCUAAUAAUGACAGACUCAGACAGUUGUUUAUCGGCAAUUGAAGCUAGCACGUCCCAGCAUCCGUGGAUCCAGGAGAUUGAAACCAUGAUACGACAUCGUCCAAUCAAUCUGUGCUGGAUUCCAGGACACGCUGGAAUUCGCGGGAAUGAAGAGGCAGACCGCCUCGCAGGAGAAGCCAGGGGUAAUGCCCCUUUGCAAAUAGCCAUUCCGGGAGCAGACGCCAACAAUCAGGCAAAAUCAGCUAUCCGAAAUCACUGGUACCGUCGAUGGUCUGCAUCCACUGAAGUGAAGCUUCGCGAAAUAAAAUUCGAUACGGUAAAGUGGACUGACCGCGAGAGUUCGGCUGAUCAACGAGUGCUCACCCGGUUGCGAAUAGGGCAUACCCGAUUGACGCACGACUUCCUUCUGAAGAGAGAAACCCCACCAGUUUGCGACUGCUGCGGGGUAACCGUAGAUGUACGUCAUAUAAUUCUUCAGUGCCGAAAACACGACGAUGCUAGAAGGAUGCACAACAUCGAUUCGACCAGCCUGCGAGUGGCUCUAGGCAACGACGGGGACACCGAAGACAAACUGCUAAGCUUCCUCAAGGAAACUAAUUUGUACAAACGAAUAUAA